AUGAAUCCUGCCAUUGGUGAUCCAACGAAAAGGUCAAUGACAACAGCCCAAGCGGGAGAUGAAUUGCGCAAGUUACUGGAAACCAUUAAUGAUGAAGAACCUCCUCCACCUGAAAGUAGAUCUGGAACUCCCGAUGGACUCAAAGUCAAUUUAUUAGAACAUCAGAAGAUUGGGUUUCAAUGGAUGACGAAACAAGAAUUAUCUAUCAACAAAGGUGGAAUGCUAACGGAUGACAUGGGAUUAGGAAAAACGGUUCAAGCUCUAUCCAUUAUAGUUAGUCGCAAAUCUGAAGAUCAUGCGCCUCCUUCCGAUAUGCUUAAUAUGACACCUAUGCAACGUGCAAAAAGGCCUGUACAAUCCAUCAAAGUCAAAACUACUCUGGUAAUUUGUCCUGUAUCCCUCAUGGAACAAUGGGCUCAAGAAGUACGUUACAAGACUGAAAACCUUUCUGUUUAUGUUUAUCAUGGUUCACGGCGUACAAAUGAUAUCUAUGAAUUGUCUAAAUAUGAUGUCGUUAUCACUUCUUAUACAAUGAUUGGUGGUGAAUUUACUGAAAGUCAUGUUAGACGUGGUCCUUUAGCUUGUUUGAAAUUCCAUCGUGUUAUCCUGGAUGAAGCACAUACCAUUAAAAAUCGCAACACCCGUACCGCACAAGCUUGUUACCGUAUUGAAGCAACUCAUCGUUGGUGCUUGACUGCCACACCUAUCCAAAACAAGAUUGAAGAACUUUAUUCUCUGAUUCAUUUCUUACAAAUACGACCUUAUUGUGAUUGGUCUACUUUUCGGGAAGAAGUGGUAUCUCCUUUGCGACAUGGUAAAAGUGAUGUAUUGAAAAAGGUUCAAGUCAUCCUCAAAGCCAUUGCAUUACGAAGAUCAAAGAAAGCCCAAAUCGAUGGUCGACCUAUCCUCAAUUUACCUGAACGCAAUGUACAUUUUACCCAUGUGGAUUUCAGCGACAGAGAACGACAAUUCUAUGACUUUGUAGAUAAUCGGGUUCAACAAUCCUUUAAUAACUAUGUAGAAGCUGGAACGGUGAUGCAAAAUUACUCAAAUGUAUUGGUACUCUUAUUACGACUACGACAAGCUUGUCUUCAUCCAAAGCUCACUACUAUUGAACUACCUCAACAACGCAAUGACGAAGAACAUUUUACGGAAAACGCAAAGUCUCUGGAUAAAAAGGUGGUGGAUCGAUUACUCAGUGGCAAAGAAGAAUUGUUAACUGUUGAAUGUCCUAUCUGUAUGGAUACUGCACAAGAACCUCGUAUUAUAUCUGGUUGUGGUCAUAUCUUAUGUCGUGAAUGUUUACAAACUUAUAUCAGCGGUAGUGCAGCAACAGGUAUUGUGAAAUCAUGUCCUCAUUGUCGUGGUGAACUUGUGAUGGAUAAAAUAAUAUCUGUGGCCAAAUUUCUCGAGGUAUAUGCGCCAAAUCCUGAAGAAUUAUCCAAGCAAGAAAAAGAAGAAAAGGCAGCAAAAGAAGAAAAAGAAUUGGAAGCAUCUCUAGGGAAGGUACAAGAAUUCGUUAGUAGCAAAAAGAUCGAUACAAUGCUUGAAAUCUUGGCCAAGACACGCGAAGAAAGCAAAGGCUAUGACAAGACCAUUGUUUUCUCCCAAUUCACUUCAAUGUUGGAUAUUAUGGAAAAACCUUUGAAGGCAAGUGGAUAUAAAUUUGGACGAUACGAUGGAAGUAUUCCUGUGGCAACACGUACCAAAGUACUUGAACAAUUUUAUAAUGACCCAGCCAUGGAAGUAUUGUUGGUUUCCACUAAAUGUGGCUCUCUUGGUUUAAAUUUGACAAUGGCGAAUCGUGUGAUCUUGAUGGAUAUAUGGUGGAAUCCAGCCUUAGAAAAUCAAGCUAUUGAUCGAGUACAUCGAAUUGGACAAACAAAGGAUGUGGAAGUGCAUCGUAUCUUUAUCAACAAUACAGUGGAAGAUCGUAUUCUAGAACUACAACGUAAAAAACAAGCUAUUGCUGAUGGUGCCCUUGGUGAAGGUACGGGUGAAAAGAUUGGUCGACUUGGUUUACAAGAAAUGUUAUAUCUUUUCCGUGGUGGUCGUGUUCCAGGCUCUGUGGAUUCACUAGCUGGACCCUCUCGUACAUGA